AUGGCGAUGGAGCAGGAGGGCACCACAGCCCACCAGCGUCACGGCGGCGGCACCAUCACCGACGCCCUCUCCCUGUUCGCCUCCCGCCUCUCCCACCACAGGUUCGGAGACGAGGAGCUCCGGGUACUGGAGGCGGCGCUCUCCGCCGGCGGCGACGUUGCGGCGCUGCUCAGCACGCGCUCGGCAGCCCGGAAACUUCUGCGGGAGAGCGUGGCCGGGGCGUGCGCCGCGGCUGCGGUCGAGGGGGACGGGGCGAGGCUCUCCGUCGCCGACUUCUUCGCGCGCGCCUUCGCCCUCUCGGGAGAUGUCGAGAGCUGCCUUGCUAUGAGAUAUGAGGCGCUGGUUCUGCGAGAGGCCAAAUACUCCGACGACCUUGAUCUGCAUGUGUUCCAUGAAGAAUGGUUAACCUUUGCACAGGACUCUCUUGAUAAUGGGUUCUACACCAUUGCUUCCAAGGCUUUUGCAAAUGCUCUUGUGCACAUUCACCCCAGCCACUUGGACUCUACUAAUUCGACUCUGAAGAAGAACAAGGUCAAUGAUAUAAGAGGACUCCAAACCUUGGCCAAGUCAUUAUCUGCACAGCGUUCUGUUCAGACGCAAUCCGCAGAAUACAUGAAAAGGAAAACUUCAGGCAUUAGUGAAAAGUGCAAUUUACACUCAGAAAAACCGAAGUUACCGGCGAACUUGAUGUUUAGGCUGGGGAUCAAAACAAGGAACUCACAAAAACUACUACUUAGCCGCAAGAGAAACUUUGAAGAGGUUUGA